UCAAAGUCAUCAUGGAUCAUCCAGGAAGACACCUUGCUGUGGCUCUGCUCCUACUUGUUCUGAUCUCAUUGUCCACUGAAAACAACAUUAUCAGAUGGUGUACCGUGUCCGAUGCUGAAGAGCAGAAGUGUUUGGAUUUAGCUGGGAAUGCCACAGCCAGGAAUAUUCGCGGACAACUACGAUGUGUGAGGGGCCAAAGUCCGACAGACUGUAUGAAACAAAUUAAGAACGGUACUGCAGAUGCCUCCACUAUGUAUGCUGAUGAGAUCUACACAGCUGGAUUUUGCUAUGGCUUAGAUGUGGCUGUUGGAGAGUCUUAUAAUGGUGUUGACGGCAUUAAUUACUAUGUGGUCGCUCUGGCACGGACAUCAUCCAGUGAUCUGUCACUGCUGGAGAUGCAUGAGCGCAGCUCCUGUCACCCUGGGAUGAGGACUACAGUGGGCUGGACUGUCCCAAUCGGCUUUCUGGUCAACACAUCACAGAUCAGUGUGGAUGACCAGUGCAACUUUCCCCAUGCGGUGGGGGAUUUCUUUGGCUACAGCUGUGUCCCUGGAGUGAAGGAUCCAGAACAUGAUCCCAAGGGAAACAAUCCAAGGAACCUGUGUGAGGCCUGCAUUGGGGAUGAGAACGACCGUCACAUCUGCGCCAACAACCCUCGGGAACGGCACUUCGGGGAGGCUGGAGCUCUCAGAUGUGUGGCAGAAAAUCUUGGAGAUGUUGCUUUUGUGAAGCACACCACAGUCUUUGACAACAUGCAGGGUAAGAACCAGGAGUCAUGGGCUCUGGACCUGGAACUGGAGGACUUGAAGCUCUUGUGUCCUGACGGAAGUGAAACUGACCUGUUCCAGCAUGAGCGCUGCCACCUGGCUGUUGUGCCAACCAAUGCUGUGGUAGUGCGCUUGGAGGACAAAUGCCGCGUUUACAAGUUCUUGGAACGUGUGCAGAAUGCUUUUGCCAAUGCCACAGAAGGAUUCUCUUUGUUCAGCUCUGUGAAUUAUGGGCAACCAGAUGUGCUUUUUAGCGAUUCUACCAAAAAGAUGCUACGUGUUAUGGGAACCUACACCUCCUGGUUGGGGCCCAGUUACACUACCAUACUGAAGGCUUUUGAGUGUGAAGGUUUGUGUUAAUUUGAUGAGGAAAGAAGAAACCAUAGAUCCCCCUUCAUAUUUUUCACACUAACACCAAACCACUCUGUAAAGUGUGUUACUCUCAUAUAUGAGCUUAAUGCCAUCCCUCUCCUGUGCUUUUUAGUAUGCCUGUUCUGUUCUCACAGUCUGUGUAUGGCUUCAUAUAUCACAUGUAUUUUACCUCUUACAGUACAAUGUACCUCUCUAAGCAUUUGCCGCUAAAGCCAAACUCCUUCCAGGUGAAAAAGACAAAAACAUAAGCAUAGAAAAGCACUGCAGGGGAACACAACACAAUCCAUAAGGCUUUCAGUUUUUUUGGCAAUAAAGAUCCCAUGAAAUCGGAAUUUGAGUUUUGUGGCUUUUAGAUUUCUCUGUUAGCUUUGAGUCAUCUAUAAGCUAGUGUAAUCCUAACAGUUGACUAAAUGAACUAAAAAGCAGAUAUACACCUUUAAUAUUGAAAAGUCUUUCCUUUCCUGGAAAAUAGACCAAAAAUAUUGAUGACUCAUCUUGCACUUAGGUGCAUAUACACAUUUCUGUCCAAUAAAAUGCAAUAAACUAAAGCCUAUAGGCUAUUCGUGGAAAAAAGGGACAAGCCCUUCAAUAUGUCCCGCCCUAACUUCCUGUUUCAAUAUCAACACAGGAAAGAAAUUGUGCUCGUCAAGCCAUUUCAUGGGGUCUUUAAAAGUCAUUAGUAUGUCGUUGCAAUUCAAUACACAUCCUUGGUUAGUGUCUGCCAAACAGUCCAACCGAGGAAUACAACACAUUUGCUAAGGGUGGUUUAAGGGAUAUUUUACCCAAAAAUGAAAAUUCUCUCAUCUUUUACUCACUCUCAUGCCAUCCUAGAUGUGUAUGAGCUUCUGUCUUC